AAAGUGUUGCGAUCGUCGUGUCAAAAUGUGUGCAAGGAGGACAGCAGAGUACGAGGAGGAACUUUGUGGCCCAAAAGAGGAGAAGGAGCCACAACGUCAACUACUGGACGCUGUGUUCAAUCGGCAACCUCGAAUUGUGCUACACAGAGCAGACGUCAGUAAAUAUCUUCUUCCUGAGCGGCAGCAGUCAGUGUCCCCUCACAUGAAAGAGGAAGCGGAGGAUGAAGAGGUUCAACACAUCAAAGAGGAGGAGGAAGAGUUCCUUCACAUGAAAGAGGAAGAGCAGGAGGACAUCAUCAAGGUUCCAUCGACUGGUGUCCCUUUGAAGAGUGAAGAUGAAGGUCGAAGUGAGGAGAGACGAGGGGCGGAGCCACCAAACGGCAACAGCUCAAGUGAUGGAGACCACUGUGGAGGAUCACAAACAGACGGUGAUGAUGAUGAUGAUGAUGUUGAUGAACAGUUGGAAGGUGAUAUGACAUAUCACAUUUCCAGCAAAUGCUGGAAAUGUUCUAAAUGUAGGAAAACCUUUGCUUCUAAGAGGAAUUUCAAACGACACAUGAAAAUACACACUGGUGAGAAGCCAUUUGCCUGCUCAGUUUGUGGUCAAAGAUUCUCCCAAAAUGAAAGCUUAAAAAUACACACAAGAACACACACUGGUGAGAAACCUUUUGCCUGCACAGUUUGUGAUCAAAGAUUCUCUCAAAGGGGACAUUUGACAAGCCACACAAGAAUACACACAGGAGAGAAGCCUUUUGCCUGCUCAGUUUGUGGUCAAAGGUUCUCUCGAAAGAUACAUUUGACAAGUCACACUAGAACACACACAGGAGAGAAGCCUUUUGCAUGCUCAGUUUGUGGUCAAAGGUUCUCUCAGAAGGGAACCUUAAAAAUGCACAAAAGAACCCACUCUGGUAAGAAGCCUUUUGCAUGCUCAGUUUGUGGGCAAAGGUUCUCUCCAAAGGAAAGCUUAAAAAUACACGCAAGAACACACACUGGAGAGAAGCCUUUUGCAUGCUCAGUUUGUGGUCAAAGAUUCUCUCGAAAGGAAAGCUUAAAAGUACACACAAGAACACACACUUGUGAGAAACCUUUUGGAUGCUCAGUUUGUGGUCAAAGAUUCUCCCAAAUGGGAAGCUUAAAAAUACACACAAGAACCCACACUGGUGAGAAACCUUUUGCAUGCUCAGUUUGUGAUAGACGAUUCUCUGAAAAGGGACAUUUGACACGUCACGCAAGAACACACACUGGAGAGAAACCUUUUUCCUGCUCAUGUUGUGGUCAAAGAUUCUCUCGUAAGGAUCGGGUUAAGACACACAAGUGUCCUGGUGAGACAAGCAGUGAUCAAGAAAGCCUUUAAUGCAAAUGUAAAUGUUUAAUAUAAAAGUAAUGACUAUGUGACUGACAGAAAUCUACAUGCUUGUAUUCUGUGUACCAGUUUUUAUUGCAUGUAUCUUCUUCUUGUCCAUAUAGUUUCUCAAAGCCCCGUGAGUGUUGAGAAUGAACACUGUUGCCAAAAUACUUAAAAGGGACUAGUUAAAGGUGGUGGGAAAGAGGGCGGGUGUGGAUCAGUAGAGCGGGUCGUCCAGUGACCGAAGGGUCGCCGGUUCGAACCCCGGCUCCGACGUGUCCUUGGGCAAGACACCGAACCCUAAUUUGCUCCCAGUGAGCCUGGUAGCGCCUUGCACGGCAGCAACCGCCCAGUGGUCUCUGAAUAUGUGUGUGAACGGGUGAAUGUGAGGCUUAAUAGAGCGCUUUGGGCACCGUGAUCGUGAAGAUGAAGCGUUACAUAAGUGCAGUCCAUUUGCCAUUUGGCAAAGGUGAGAACAUGGACACUUAUUCCAUGGUGCUGGACUUAUAAAUGUCUACAGGAAAAAAAGCCCUCCAAAAUACACUCGGUCGUAAUUUGCUAAAAUCAUUGAGGUUCAUUUUUUCUCCUCCUUAAUGUACACACAGCACCCCAUAUUGGCAGAAAAAAGCGGAAUUGUUGAAAUGUUUGCAGAUUUAUUACAAAAGAAGAACUGAAAUAUCACACAGCCACAAGUAUUCCGACUCUUUGCUCAGUAUUUAGUAGAAGCGCCCUUUUGAGCUAAUACAGCCAUGAGUCUUUUUGGGAAGGAUGCAACAAGUUUUUCACACCUGGAUUUCCUCAUCAAGUCCGAUCAGCAUAAUCAAACACAGCUGGACUCCGAUGAAGGUGAAGAACCAUUUGAAGGAUGAUCAGAAGAAAUGGACAGCACCCGAGUUAAAUAUAGGAGUGUCACAGCAAAGGGUCGGAAUACUUAUGGCUGUGUGAUAUUUCACUUUUUCUUUUUUCAUAAAUCUGCAAAAAUGUCAACAAUGAUUUUUUUUUUCUGUCAAUAUGGGGUGCUGUGUGUACAAAAAAAAAUUAAGUGAUUUUUGCAAAUGGCUGCAAUAUAACACAUCAUGAAAAUUUUCAGGGGGUCCGAAUACUUUCCGUACCCACUGUAUGUAUGUAUGUAUCGAUCCAAUAUAUGUAUAGAUCACAAAUGAGUUUCUGCAGAUGGCAUUGUGUGACAGAUGUGGACUGUCAUGAUGUCCGACGACCCGUAACGAAGGUCUCCUGUCCCGAAACUGCGGCUGAUCUCAUUUGAUAUUAUCGGAUCCAUAAAAGCUCAAAUAUUGGGCUGAUCAUUAUAAUAUUAUUAUUUAUAAAAGUUUGAAGCUGUCAUGAGUAGAAAUGUCUGCAUAUAUUUUGGCGAUGAUUGUUGACAGUUGUGGGACAUGAAGCCACGUUUCUUGGGUUCAUGCAUGAGGCUUGCAAGGAUGUGGUGCUCGCCCGGCGUGUUUGCGUCAUUUUAAUGAUGGCGUUCUCAUCCAUCCCAAAUUUUUAAAUUUGUCAAGCACAUUAAAGUCGUGAUUGAACAUCAUUUCGGGGUACGAGCUGUUGUUCAUGUGAUGCAAUGAUAUAUGACAGCAAUGGAAGAUAUACAACGUAAUACCAGCUUGAACAAGGCGGUGUUUGGAAACUCAAGCAAUUUCCUGAAAAGUUGUCAUUUUGAAGGUGAGGGGAUUCCACCUGACAGCUGCGAUAUACAAAUAUGACCAAUGACUGCCACUUCAUAGUAUGGUACAUUCCUUUUCCCACACCAGCGAUGCCAGUGCUUUUCAAUUUUCAAUUUUGUUGAUGAAAAAGGGGCGUUCGAAAGGGAAUUAGUUAUUUACCAAUUGCUCCAAAAUGUAUUGAUAUUAUUGGAAAUGAGUGCCAGUUUCAUUUUCUUGAGCAUGCAUGCAUUUUGUCCAAUGUUUUCUUGAUGUCAAUAUCAAAUAAAUGAAUGAUUGAUUGAAAUAGACUGUAAAAAAAAAAACUGACUUUUGGUGCGAAACUGUAACGUGUAUUUGUGAUCCUGAAUAAAGUACACUGCUUAAAACUGUGA